AUGCAGGAGACGUUGAACUGGUUCUGGGACUUGAACGUGUCCUGGGCAGAAGUGCACCGCUCGGGCUGGCCUCUCUUUAGCAUCCUGGCAGCUGUCUCGGAGAGGCUUCGUGACGACGGCCAGAAGAUUUGUACAACGGAGGCGCAGCUGUCCCCAUUCAUUGAGUCUUUCGACAAUGCCGUUGUGGUCUCUGCAGACCAGUGUGCUACACUGCUGCUGGAGGCAGCACAGUGUCCCGAAGUGGUGGCCUCAUCCUUGCUGGCGCUGGCAGAUGGCUUGAGGACCACCGUAUGGCAACAGCACCGCAACAGGUACUACCAGUUUACUUCCGCCGCACCUGAAAGUCAGCCACCGGAGCGGGACGCCGAACACCUUCUCGCGCAGGCCGAGGCGUUGGUGCGGUCGCAGCAACCGCAGUCGCGCUGGUCUCUGCUGACCACACGCUGGCCCGUGUGGCGUUUGGCAGAUCGCCUCGGUGCCGCGGAGGCUGUCAACGUCAGCUCUGGUGCCAACUGGUUCUGGAUGUAUGUCUUUCCUCACAGGGUCCGGUCUGAUGGCAUCAUCUCCAAUCGCAUCCGUGCCACGUCGAAGGCUUAUUGCUUGCAGCUCUUCCAAGAUGAGGUCAGACGGCUGUCUGCGCAGUCGUCGAGGAAGCUGCGGAUGGUCGAAGCCGGCCCCCACAUAGGUGACUGCAUGCUCUGGGCGGCUGCAGAGUUUCAUGGGCGAGUUCGGGCAACAGCCGUCGAGCCUGUGGCACAGGUCGUGUCUCUUUUCCGUCGCAGCAUUGCGGCAAAUCGCUUUGAGGCCAUGAUCGACCUGCACCAUGCCUGGCUCGGUUCAGAGAACACUGAAGGCUCAGCGACAGGCACGUCCGCCUCCAUCCCGUGGCGCCGUUUGGACUCCUUGGUGGGAGAGGAUGUUGACAUCCUGAAGAUCCACACAAAUGGCGGAGAACGCCAAAUCCUGGACGGUGCCGAGAGCCUUUUUUCACAACACCAGGUCCAGGUGGUGAUCUUACACUCGGCUGAAGCCCACCAGCUCUGGCCUUCGACCACAUUCCUGUUACAGCGGAAUUACGAUGUUAGCGUGGACGGGCGGAGGAUGUCCGGAGUUGUUCGAGAUGAAGACUGGCUCCGGACGCGCGUGAGUGAAGUAGGAGGGCUACAACUUCAUGCCAAGAGGCGUCCGAGAAAUCAAGAAAUUGACUGCAUUCAUGAAUGGGAGUUCUCAACACAUCCUCAAUAA